AUGGCCGACCUGGAUGCGGAACUUCUUGCUCUCGCCGGAGGCGACUCCUCUGGCGAGGAGAGCAUCCCGUCCUCCCCCAAACCAAAAUCCCCCUCGCCACCUCGCUCUAAAAAGCAAACGAGAGAAUCUCCGUCCCCAGACAUGGCUCGUAAGGGUGUUGCAAAGGCCGUCAAACGCACCAGACGCCGCAAGACGUAUUCGGAUGAUGAAGAUGAAGUCUCUCUGCUGUCGCAACACUCGGAGUCCGCAUCCAUGUCUCAGUCUGAUUCUGAAGCCGACUUCGACGCCGGUGCCGACGACAAGCCUAUCUUCCCCUACGAAAAACUCUACUAUGACGCGGAAGACAAGGCCCGGAUCGAAGCGAAGCCUGAAAUCGAACGAGAGGAGAUCCUCGCACAGCGCAGUGAACAGGUGGAGCGUCAUGAACAAGAUCUCACUCUUCGCCGUCUCGUCGCCUCCCGCGCUCGCGAGGAGGCGAAGAAUGCCGCAAAGAACAAGCGCAAGGCCAGCGCCGCCGAACUGGAGGACACCCAGCGAAAGAGCACUCGACAGCGCACCAAAGUUGGUGGCGGUCGUGUCGGAGAAGCCAGCAGUGCCAUUGAGGCCUACAAGCGACAGCGGGAAGAAAAGAGUCUCCGUGAAGAGCAGCGGAAAAAGGACGGAUUUGCGAGAAAGGCAGCGUCACCACGAGACGACUACAGCGAUGCGGAUGCCGAAGGCGAGAGUGACAAUGAGUACGAUGACCGUCGGUACAAGCGACGAACUCCCACACCACCAAAAGAUGAACCCAUCGCCGAACUUGCCGACAUCCAGAGAGCUCGUGUCGGUCGUGACAAUUUCGCUCAAGUCUGCUACACCCCUGGGUUUGAGGAAGCCAUCACAGACUGCUAUGCCCGUGUUUGCCUUGGACCAGGUCGCAAUCCAGGCGUUAAUGAAUAUCGUCUGUGCUUGAUCAAGGGUUUCACCAAGGGCAAGCCGUACGCGAUGAUCGGAUCCAACGGACGACCCUUUCCAGUCGAAUUGUACAUCCUCGCCGCGCACGGUAAAGCAGAGAGAGCAUGGUCGUUCCUUGAAUGCUCCAUGUCCAAGUUUACGGACGACGAAUGGCGGAGAUACCGAUCUGUCAUGGCCAAUGAGAAUUUGAAGCUGCCUACUAAAGCAUUCAUCAACUCAAAGCUUGAUCAGAUUAAUCGCCUGAUCAACCACCGCUUCAGCGAAGCCGAGAUUUCGCAAAAGAUCAAAGCUCAAAACGACCUCAUCGAGAAGAUUACCCGAAACCAAGAGAAAGAGGACCUCAAGGCCAGGAUUGUGGAAGCCCGCGCUGACGGGAAAGAGGAUCUUGCCGAAGAGUUGGAGAACCAGCUUGCGUCAAUCGUGCCUAUGAAACUGGCUUUUGGAACGAGUUUGACCAAACAAGAUACCGCCUACGUCAACCCCGAACAGGAGCGCCUGGCAGAGCUUAACCGCCGGAAUCAGCGACUGAACGCGGAGAAUGUUCGGAAAGCGCAACUCGCGGAAAUGAGAGCUCGUAAGGCGAAGAAGACUCUUGCUCCGGGCGUCGAUGAAUUGUUCGAGGGCGGAAGUGACAUUAGUCGUGCGGGCACACCGGUUAACGGCUUGGGGACUCCGCGACCGGCGGCGGCAGCAAGCAUUUCGCGGACGGCAUCACCGAAUCCGCUUUCGUUGGCUAAUGGGACUCCACGGAGUGCAACGCCGGUCGCUUCCAGCACCUUGAAGCCUGUAGUUUUACAACAGCAGAAGAAGAAGGGCUUGCCUACCAUUCGCAAGGCAGCGAUGGAUGAUGAGAUCAUUGCCAGCAUGGACUUGGGCAUUGAGAUUGAGAUUGACAUUUAG